AUGCGCACUUCUCGUGCUUCUAAGGAUACGGCGAAAGUCCUACAAGCCCUUUCGCCCCCUGCGCGACGCCAGACGCGUGCUUCUGACCGAAAUGUCAGUGCCUUGAGCGCUUUUGCCUACAAUGGCAAUCCGACUGCCAAUGCGCCUACUAUCCCUUCCGUCAAGUCCGAAUCUACGUCCGGCCCGCCUAGUCUCUCUGUCGCUCGCAGUGACGAUGAAUCUUCCCUCUCCUCGGUUGAUACAGCGGAUAUCGAAGACCUCCUUGAACCGCCUUCGAAACGUCGGAAGCGCAAUACAAGCCCUGACACCGCACGGGUUAUAAAGAAGAGUCCUCGGACAUCUCGCAAGGCUGCUAUAAAGGAUGAGCCUGAUCAGAAACCCGUGCCGAAACCGAAAGCGCGACGAAUGCCGGCUAGGAAAAUUCGAGAUGCCGAUGGUUCGGUCAAGGUUGAGCCACCGUCCAAUUGGGAGAUAAUGUAUGAUACCGUUAAGAAGAUGAGAGAGGAUAACCCCACUGCGCCGGUCGAUACGAUGGGUUGCGCGGAGUUAUACUGGCGCGCGUCCGCGCCGCAGGACCGUCGAUUCCAGACUCUCAUUGCGCUGAUGCUGUCCUCUCAAACGAAGGAUACUGUUACUGCGGUUGCGAUGCAACGACUACACACAGAGCUGGGGCCGGAGUCGGAUGCUACCUGUCCAGAAUUGAAGGAGGAAGAAGCGGAAGAAGAAGUCAAGAUCAAACUCGAAGACAACGCCGACACAACCACAGACACAAAACAACUAUCAACAUCAGCAAAAGACAGCACACUAAAACUAACCAACAUCCUUGCGGUCUCGCCAGAAAGACUAAACGAACUAAUCCGCACAGUGGGCUUCCACAACAACAAGACAAAGUACAUCAAAGCAACUGCCCUCCUCCUCCGCGACAACCACGACGGCGAUAUCCCAUCAACACCGGAAGGGCUCAUGGCCCUCCCCGGCGUCGGCCCCAAGAUGGCUUACCUGUGUCUCAGUGCUGCGUGGGGCAAACACGAGGGUAUAGGUGUUGACGUGCAUGUCCACCGCAUCACCAAUCUUUGGGGGUGGAAUAAGACGAAAACGCCCGAGGAGACGAGAAUGGCGUUGCAGUCUUGGUUGCCGCAUGAGAAGUGGCAUGAGAUUAACAAAUUGCUUGUUGGGCUUGGGCAGACGGUUUGUUUGCCUGUUAAGCGUAGGUGUGGUGACUGCUAUCUGUUUGGGAAGGGUCUUUGCAUGAGUGAGGUCAAGGGAUCUAUUCCUACGGUUGGGGCUAAGAGGGAGGAUGGGGAUGAGCCGAAGGUUAAGAUUGAGGCUGUUUAA